AUGGAAAAGCAACUACCUGCCUGUGCAGGUCCGCCUCGCGCGUGGUCCUCCAGGACCAUUCGAUGGAUAGUCGCAACCACGAUGAUGGUUGGCCUGGUGGGGCUCCGUGGGCUUUCAACGCCAGCACAUCGUUGGGUCGUCCCCAGCUGCCAGAAACCGAUCUCGGGUCCAGAGUCGCCCUACGGAGAAUUUCCUCGAGAGAACGACCCCUUCCGAUUCCUUCCCUGCACGAAUACAAGUCGUCCACCGCCCCUUAAUGACCCUACUCCGGAAGAGUCAUGGGCGGCUCUCUUCGACCCAAAUCCCGACCAUUGGAGCUGGGGAAGCACCGGCCGGGGUAUCUACCUGUGUGGAUACCUGGACCUACCCAUCGACUAUCACAAUCAAUCCGAUCCGCGUAUAGUCCGCAUUGCGGUGACCAAAUUCCAAGUCGCGGGUUUGGCCCACCGCGACGAUCGGGAGUCUUCAUCCAACCACCGUAGUGAACGCACCAUCAUCAUCGAACCUGGUGGUCCAGGAGGUAGCGGAACAUCAUAUCUGUGGGAGACGGCAGAGGAAGUCACCGACCGCUUCAGCGAUGGACAAUUCGACGUACUGGGAUGGGAUCCUCGCGGUGUGAAUCUCUCCCUCCCCAGCGGGGCCUGUUUUCCUCAGAAUAAAUUCCGGGACCGGUGGUCACUCCUCACACUCCAAUAUCGUGAAGAGGCUCCAGACAAUCAGUUGGAGAUGGUGGAUGCCAUGAACAAUGCCACGUUCUUUGCCUGCCAGCAGGAAUUAGGGGAUUUUGGUCGCUUUAUCAGCACGGCAACCGUUGCGCGCGAUCUCGAUGAAAUACGGAAAGCGCUUCAUGAAGACGAGGUCACGGCAUACUUCGUGAGCUAUGGCACUGGAAUCGGCCAGACAUAUGUCAGCAUGUUUCCCGACCGAGCUGGCCGGAUGAUCCUGGACGGCACGGAAUAUGUCAGGGAUCAUCGCUUGUUAGGCGGCUUUGGUUGGACGGCUCUUGACAAUGCGACUGAUGCGUGGCGCGACGGGUUCUUGGGCGAGUGUGUCAAAGCUGGCCCGGAAUCGUGCGCGUUGGCAAAACCAAGAUCUAGUCAGGAUGGCCCAGUCACUCUGGCGCAGCUGGAGGCUCGCAUGGCCCAGCUCCUCCAGUCACUUCAAACUCGCCCACGAUCUGCCUUUACGAAAUCAGGUGGGCCCUCCCUCGUUACCUACUCGGCUCUGGUAGAGAGGAUUCUCUAUUCGGCCAUGUACAAGCCGAUGAAUUGGCCUGCUACCGCCCAGAUGCUCUAUGAGCUUGAGGCGGGGAAUGCGACCUUAGCGGCCAACCUCCUGGACGUGUCGUGGAGUGAUCCCACUGAACUACCCUCCUAUCCUUCUCUCCCUUCUUCAACCGAGCUCGAGCUUCUCGUGAUCUGCGCUGAUUCCUAUGAUGCGCCUCUACCGGAUGGACUUGAUUGGUGGGACCAGCUGUGGAAGAACAUGACUGCUCAGAGCUGGGUGGCCGGCAACUCCCGCUUCUUCUCCGUGCUUCCUUGUCGGCACUACACAACCUAUUGGCCUGAGCCUUCUGAGGUGUAUCGUGGUGCCCUCAACCACACUCUGAAGAACCCAGUUCUUCUCAUCGCUUCCCCCUAUGACCCUGCCACGCCAUUGCGGAAUGGACGAAGGCUCCUGGAGGAGAUGGGUACAAACGCCCGGCUCCUUGUUCACCAUGGCUAUGGACAUAGCACAAGGCGCGAUCGUUCGGAAUGCACCGAUCGAGUGGGCAAAGCGUAUAUCUUGCACGGCAUUCUUCCCGAAGAUCGGGAAUCCAAUUGCUAUGCUAAUAGCAAGCCUUAUGUGUGUUCUAUUAAAGUUGACAGAUGA